GGCUGGUUGGCCGACAGAGUUAGGCAGAAACAUUCAAUUCCAGCAGCAGACAUCACGUCAAGAAAUAUACGCACACCUUCAAGUUUUUCUGUGAUCACGUGUGCAGAGACUAAAUAUAGUCAUUAAUGUCCAUGUUAUUGCUAUCAACACUAUUACCUCACUUAUCAACGAACUCGAAGGACGCCGUACUUGCUCUUAAAGGGCAUGACUGACCGCCAUUGAAAAUAUUCAUAUAAACGUAUUCAUAUAAACCAGGCUGAACGGGGUCAUGCUUGUUAUGAUACACGAAAUAUACAUGGAAACACAGGGCAUUGCUCAGGUUUAUUUAUGAUUCCAAAGUUCAGUACUUUCGACAGCCUUGCUAUAAACCUUGCUUAUGUCACGUUGGAGGGUCGAAUAGUCUUCCAAGGCAAUGAAUAAGUGCCAGAACUUGUUUGAUGACUUGACCAGGUCACAAAUCCCGAAAGAAAAUUUAAUAGUAUUGGUAGUAAGCUGUGGUUCCUUCCAACAAGUCUGGAACUAUUUAUUAUUUAGUCAAGUUUUACGACCUUACCCAGCUUCAAGUUACGAAUUUCUCGGUUUAGCGGACAGUUGAGGGUUCUUUAGGGGCCUAAGCCCCUAACUCCCCACGCCGCCAGCCCCGAACUGGUGCCAAAACGUGUAAAUGCACUUAAGCAAGUCUAGAACCUUCGUCUAUUGCCUAAAAAAAUAACUACUUGCCCGCGUUGACAAGCCUCGUUCUUCCACAUAUACAC